GCGCUCCCUGACUGGGGAGGUCCGUGCCAUCUCCGCAUGCCACCGGGAAUAGGUGCUUUGUUUCGGUAGGCAAACCACAGGAAAAAGGACAAAAUGUAUCGCUCUUGUUUCUGGACUCCAAGCCUCAAAGGGUGGCAAAGCUAAGAUGUAAAAGGAUGAACGCUCACACUGCCUGGCUGACUCCAGAUCCCCAACCAAGCCACUAAUUAGAGGUUCAAAGGUCAGUUACCACGGGGACCUCGGGUGUUGGCAUGGAGACGGUGGUGAUUGUGGCCAUCGGGGUGCUGGCGACCAUAUUCCUGGCGUCAUUUGUGGCGCUGGUGGUGGUCUGCCGCCAUCGCUACUGUCACCCACCGGGCCUCCUGCACCACUUUGAUUCCAAGCCCACGGUUGACUUGAUCGGGGCGAUGGAGACUCAGAGCGAGCCAUCUGAGCUGGAGCUGGAUGACGUGGUCAUCACCAACCCCCACAUUGAGGCCAUCUUGGAGAACGAGGACUGGAUUGAGGAUGCCUCCGGUCUGGUGUCCCACUGCAUUUCUAUUUUGAAGAUAUGUCACACUCUGACUGAGAAGCUGGUUGCUAUGACAAUGGGCUCUGGGGCAAAGGUCAAGGCUCCAGCCAGCCUUAGUGACAUCAUCACUGUGGCCAAACGCAUCAGCCCCAGGGUGGAUGAUGUGGUACGUUCCAUGUACCCUCCUCUGGACCCAAUUCUCUUGGAUGCCAGGGCCACUGCCCUCCUGCUGUCCGUGAGUCAUCUGGUGCUGGUUACCCGAAACGCUUGUCACAUGUCGGGCAGCAUGGAUUGGAUUGACCAAUCGUUGCAUGCCGCAGAGGAUCACAUGGUUGUACUGAGAGAGGCGGCGUUAGCGUCCGAACCCGAGAGGAGGUUACCGGAGAGAGAGCAAGCCAUCUGAGUUCACACACACAUUCACACGCAUAUGCACACACACACACAAAACCCAAAUUGUUGACUACUCUCACACACAUGAAAAACACACGUGAAACAACACACACCUGUAUAUACACGUUACACUCUCACACAGGCCUAUUUUCACAGUAGCCAUCCCCAUAGCUUAUUUACAGUUAGCUGUAAGAAGAGUGGAACACCCCCCCCCAUCUUUAUUUCUGUAGUUUACUCAUGCCGUUUUCUCCUUAUCUUUAUUUCUGUAUUUAUUUCUGUAGUUUUAUCAUGUCAUUUUCUCCUUAUCUUUAUUUCUGUAUUUAUUUCUGUAGUUUUAUUAUGUCAUUUUCUCCUUAUCUUUAUUUCUGUAGUUUUCUCAUGCCAUUCUCUUCUUAUCUUUAUUUUUUCUCAGCCUGUUACCACCAUUAUGUCUUACACCAGAUCUCUCAUAUCAGAACUCUUUUCUGUCCAGUUUGCUGGAACACAUCAUUUGUCUUGACAUUUCUCGACAGUCCUGGAGCCACAGAAAUGUCUUUUGAGUCAGUGAAGAUUACAUAGGAAAGGUUGAGGGGCCUAAUUCAAAUGAAGUCUUAAAGCUGAAAAAGUUCAACAUGUUAAAAACUUAAUCACAAAGUACACUGUAAGAUAUUUAGUUGAACAGAUCAGAAUUAUGGCAAUUAUUUUGUGCAUUUUAAUCUGGUCCCUACAGAAUUCUUUUACUUUAAUUGUGCUCUGUAAACAACAGAUAAUAUUUUGUUAUAAUUGUGUGAUUAUUGAUAAAAACUUAAUGUUAUGAUUUUAUAACACAUGUUUACAUAGACAUUAUCUAUAUAAACAAGGAAAUGCUGUAAUUUUCACAUACACACACACACACACACACACCUUUUUCCAACAGUAAUAGGCGGUCAGGGCUGUGCUGUGGAGCGCAGCAUCACAUGAGGGCUUAAAGCUCCUGCUAAUCUCAUCGGUGAAAACACAUGGCCACUUAGCCACUCCUGUCCACCUCACAACAGCACACAGUCACCUCCUGCAGCUCCCUACAUCAACCAACAUUCGCAUAGUCUCACCCACUCAGCACCACCUAACACCCCAGAAGAGUACACUUGCCAGUUUUAUCUGAGAAAACUCUUAACCACCACCCCCCACCACGAGAGAAACUCCCUCACACACACACACACACAUAUAACACAUACCUACACAGUAAAACUCACCGCACUCUUAAAACUAAUGUGUUGUCCCUACCUGGACACAGAGUUGAGACAAGUUGUGUUGUUUUCAUUAAGUUGUGUUGUUUUCAACACAUAUUGCGUAACAAAUAUAAAAAGGAAACAACACAAACUUUGUUGUCCCCAUCUGGACACAGAGGUGUGUUAAAAACAACACAAGUUGUGUUGUUUUCAACAGAUUCAUUUUUUAAGAGUGUAGAUAUGAAGACAGUUCACUCCCUCACCCCCCACAGAACAUUUUGUCAUAAAUGUAGUCCUGGAUUCAGCUUUCAUUAACAGCACAGCUGUUUCAGUAGAAGCGUAUAUAGGCUCUAAAAGAGUGAUUGAGGAAAAACAGCAUAGACAGGGACUUCACUUUCCUUACUGUAUUUAUUAGACUGAUCUUCCUUGCUUGGUUUUUAUAUGCAUUCUCUUUCUCUCAUAAAAUAUCUACAGAGAUUGUGA